AUGACUUGGUCCUAUAAUCCAAUUUUGUCAGCGAACCAGGAUAUUUGGUACGAGAUUCUCCUAAGAGUGUCACCCAAAUAUAUCUUCAGAUACAUGCUAGUUUCCAAGGAAUGGCUGGAAUUGAUAACGAGUCAUUCUUUCCGGAAAGAUUACACGAGGAGAUGGGAAAUUGAGGGUUCCACAAUGGUGGGAUUCAUGAUUUGCAAGCCGGGGUACACCGAUAUUCCUCGAAAGUGGCUCCCUUUACCGCCAUCAGUUCAAUUGUUGGCUACGAGCGAAAUAGGGCGGGCUAUAAACCGAAGCAAAUUGAUGAAGAGGGUGGGUUAUUUCCUGGCCGCCACACCCAACGGCCGCUUCAUAUUAUCGGCUGUUCAUCCAAGGAAAUAUUAUGUGUCUGAUCUGACCUUCUCUUCAGUUACUGGAGAGUGGGAGCAAUCCGUGCUCACUUGCCCUACUCGUUUUGGACUCCAAAGUGGGUUUGUUGUGAAGGUGAUUGAGGAUGUCGUCUAUUGGCGGCUACAAAUCGUAGAUGGCGGCUACAGCCAUAUAGCUCCUCAUCAUACUAAUGGGAGGAGGCGCAUGGUCAAUUUUAUUCAACUCCCACAGGUUGGUGAGGGGUGCAGCGGAGCAGAGUAUGACGAAGACACUCCAACUAUUAUCUGUCUUUUUGCUGAAUCUUUUGACGCCUCCCCUCAAGGCUUUCUUCGGUACGUUGCUGGCACUUCAACAUGCUUCAAAGUCUGGGUUCUUCUUAAUCACAACUCUACCGAAACUAAUUCCUCCACUAUUGAUCCAUGGAAAUUGUGCUACCGGGUGGUUCUUGAUUCUAUUUGGAUCAACAAUUUAGACGAAGAUCAAACUGUAUUUUCGUGA